GCGCCGGUCUCCCGCCCUCCACGCCCCCUCCCUUGCCCAGUCUCCGGUUCCCGCCAGGCCUCACGUUUUCCCGCACGGAUCAAACGCGCAGGAAAACCCAGCCCGCCUGCUAAUCCUGGAACCCCGUCGGGAAACCACCCCUCUUCUUCGCUCCUCUUCUUCCCCGGCUCCGUCCCGCUGCGGAGAUUCCGGUAAACUCGACCACAUAGCACAUGAGGAGAAUGGAUGUUUGCUGUGCCUACUUCGACCCGGAUUAUGAGAACCUCGACGAGAGGAUUUAUGGGACAAGGGUCAAUGUGGACAACGAGUCAUGUGGUAAAUGUACUAUUGUUAACGUGAACAGCCGAAACGACCAUGACCUCCUACUUGAAGUGCUCGAAGUUUUGAUUGGCUUGGAACUGUCCAUCAAAAAAUGUUAUGUAUCAUCUGAUGCUGGAUGGUUUAUGGACGGUAUGCCCUGAAGGAAAAUCCAACUGUAGUAGUUUAUGGUAAAAUCUGUAUGCUCAUUUUCUUCUUCUUCUUCUUCAUGUUAGUUAAUUUGAUUGAUUGAUUGAAUUUGAAAUGAACGUCUGUAUGGUUUGGUGCGUAGUAUUACCCUUCUACGGUAAAAAGAUACUUGCGCUGCUUAACGAAUGUGUUUGCAGAGGAUUAAAACCAUGAAAGAUUAGCAGGCAAUACUAAUACAUGUUCAGAUGUGCCCUAACCUGUUGAGUCUCUCAGCUGCUCGGCAAGCAUGCCAAAACUCAAAUCCAUUCUUCGCUGAUAAGUAUGCUACUCAAUACUAUUUGUAUUAGUCAGAUAGAAGGUUGUAUAUGAAUUGGUAGUAGCUCGAGUGCACAGCCUUUGUUUUUCCAGUCCUGUCUCUGGACUUUCUGUAUGGUCGCAUAGGAGGGUUGCAUUAUGCUAUCUACUUUUACAUUGCUUGCAUGUCUGAAACUAGUAUUAUCGCCGUCAAUAAACUUGCAUAUAAACACAAAAGGUAGUCUGGCUGAUGAAAACACUAUCUUUCAAAAUUUUCAUCUCUCUGUUUCCAUUUAUAUCCUUGAUCUUUCAUAUACCAUCGGAUAUUUUAUUUAUGGGGAACCUCAGUCCAAAACUCUGAACGAACAUGUGGAGGUGUUUUGCAUCAUUGCAUUCUUUUUUCCUGAAGUACGGCUAGAACUGCAGGUUGUGGUUGAUCUCUUAGUUCAUUUUUCUGUUUUUGUUGAGAAUUACAAGUAAUGUGAUUUACUUCUAAUAUUUUGUUGGUAUUACCUAGUAAUGCGAUUAUGUAAAGGCAUGCAAGUAAGUUCUUCACCUAUCUAACUACAAAGUUUUCAGUUCAUCAUUUCCAUCUUUUCCCAACUGUUCUGCAGUUUUCCAUGUGAGA